AUGGCAAGACUCAACAAGAGGUAUGAACAAAGCCACCGCCUCAUCCACCUUCUGCCCACAAGUAAUCACGCCACGGUUCUGCAAUACCACGCUCCGCAUCGUCGGGCCCAGCGCUCUGGCGAUCCUGGCGCCUUCCUCGGUGGAGACGACGGUGCCGCCAUAGCGUGGGUAGACGGGGAGGUCAUUGCAGGAACGGAGGGCGUCGUGCUAGAUCAUGUCGACUGGGCAGGCGGAGCAGGAGAAGGCUUUGCCGAAGACGGAGUGAGCGUGGCAAGCGUCGCUGAUAUCGGGCCGGCGCACGUUGUGGAUUCCGGGGUGGAUGGCUCAAGCGGGGGCCGUUGA